ACACUGUGAUACAAGAGUUAUUUAUUGAAAUAUAUGUUCUGGAAUGAAGUAGACGAGCAACGUAGGAAAGGUGUAAUUAUUUAUAAGUAAUGACAGUUCAUUUAUCUUUAGACGCAUAUUUGUUAUUUGUAAUUAACCCAAAAAGUCUUUGGUGGAAGCAAAGAAACAAAUACCUGUAUUUAUACAGACCUAAAGUCUGCUGGAGUGUAAAUCAUGCCAUUCACCUGAGAGUUUUUCAUACAAGCAAGCCUCAGUGUAAGUGGGCCAGAAGCAGGACAUUUUGGUAUAACAAAUACAUUUACAGCCAUGACUUUUUUUACUACAGAGUUUCUAAACUUUUAACUUCUUCUUCCAAAGGACUUACAAAAGUGAACAAUCGCAUGUCACGAAUUAAGAAUACUUUAGAAUCUGUUUCAAAGGCAGUGUCUGGCACUCACAGUGAACUGGUUUCACGGAUAGCUCGAUUAAAGUCACACUCAGGUUCUCUGGGAAAAGCAAAUAAAAGUAAUGCAGAUGUAAGUAACAGCAAUGCAAGUCUAGAAAGUGAUAAACAAGUUACAGAUGCCAGAACUCAGGAGGAUUGCAACAAAGGCCCAGCUGCAAAGAAUUCCACUUGCUCAAAUGAAAAUGUGGAGUCUAUGUUAAUAAGUUCAAGUGGCACUUCCGAAGAUACUCCAGGAGAUUCGGCGUCUACUGAAAACCACCUUUUUCAUAUAAGCUACUUUUCUACAAGUUUUGGAGAGACUUACAACUUCGUAGCUGAUCAUAUCAAUUGGUACUUUAGUAAUAAUUCUGUUAUGGAUCAAGAGAAAAAAAGGAAUAUUUUAUUACAGGACUCUAAGAGUGGAGAAAAGAAUAAGCUUAGUGCAACAGAAAAUAGUGUAACGAGUGAAGAAAAGACAGUGGAUUCAGCUACGUUAGUUCCUGAAGCAGAGACUCUGGGUGCUGACAAGACAAAUACUGCUCUUCCAGUUUCCACUAAAAAAAGUAUUGCAAACUUUCUUUCAUAUCCCAGUAACAGUGUACAAGCUUUUGUAGACAGUUACAUUGGUGGGUUGGUUCCCAAGUUAAGAUCCGAUACAAAAGUUGUUUCACAAGAAAAGAGUAAACAGCCAGAACAAGAAUUGUCUGAGAAAGAUGAGGAGGACAAAGCAAAAGAGGCUAAGACUGCAGAAGAAAGAGAAAAGCACCUGUCUCUUCAGAGGGAAAAGAUUAUUGCAAGAGUGAGUGUUGAUAACAGGACUCGAGCUUUAGUUCAAGCCUUGCGAAGAUCAUCUAAUCGAAGAGUCUGUAUCAGCAGGGUUGAAGAACUGACCUACCAUCUUCUAGAAUUUCCAGAGAGCAGAGGAGUUGCAAUUAAGGAAAAAUUAAUUCCAUGCCUACUGCGACUAAGACAGGCAAAUGAUGAAAGUCUUCAGGCUGCUGUUAGAGAGACUUUAGCUAUAAUUGGAUAUACAGACCCUGUGAAAGGCUGGGGUAUUCGAGUCCUUGCUAUUGAUGGAGGAGGAACAAGGGGUUUAGUUGCACUUCAGACUCUACGGAAACUAGAAGAACUAACUGGAAAGCCGGUUCAUCAACUUUUUGACUACAUUUGUGGUGUAAGCACAGGAGCUAUAUUAGCUUUUAUGUUGGGGUUGUUCCAUAUUCCUCUGGAUGAUUGUGAAGAAUUGUAUCAUAAAUUAGGGUCGGAUGUUUUUAAGCAGAAUGUCAUUGUUGGAACAGUCAAAAUGGGUUGGAGUCACGCCUUUUAUGACAGUGAUAUAUGGGAGAAAAUGCUCAAAGAAAAGAUGGGCUCAAAUCUUAUGAUUGAGACUGCAAGGAAUUCCAAAUGUCCAAAGGUAGCCGCAGUAAGCACCAUUGUAAACAGAGGAACACCACUGAAAGCAUUUGUUUUUAGAAACUACAAUCACUUUCCUGGUGUUAAGUCUCAUUAUAUUGGAGGCUGUCAGUAUAAACUGUGGCAGGCCAUCAGAGCAUCAUCCGCUGCACCGGGUUACUUUCAGGAAUAUGUCUUGGGCAAUGAUCUUCAUCAGGAUGGAGGUCUGCUUCUAAAUAAUCCUUCUGCACUGGCAGUUCAUGAGUGCAAGUGUCUUUGGCCAGAUGUCCCAUUGCAGUGUCUGGUAUCGCUGGGCACUGGUCGAUACGAAAGUGGGGGAAAAAGCAAUGUGACAUACACCAGUCUGAAAGCCAAACUCACAAAUGUUAUCAGCAGUGCAACUGAUACAGAAGAAGUUCACACCAUGCUGGAUGCACUGUUACCUCCAGAUACUUACUUCAGAUUUAACCCUCUUAUGAAUGAAGACAUACCUCUGGAUGAAAGUCGUAAAGAGAAACUCAAUCAGCUGCAGACAGAUGGGAUUCGUUAUUUAGAACGAAAUGAAGAAAAACUGAGAAAAGCUGCAAAAAUAUUAACGCAAGAAAAAACAACUUUGCAGAGACUUCAGGACUGGAUAAGAUUAAAGGCUGACAUGUAUGAAGGCCUUCCAUUUCUUUCCAAAUUGUGAAUAUGUAAUGCAUGAUAGAUCAUUAAUGUAAAUCUUGUUCCAGAAAAUCCACUCAGUACUGUAAAGGAAGAAUGUUUAUUGGGGGUGAAUAUCUUUGGAAAGCUGUCAGAAUUCUGGAGAAAGCAAUUCAGGAUGGCUGUUUUGUGCAUACUUACUUGAUACAAGGUUUUAUGUUGUUAAUUAUUUUUUGAACCUUACAGAUCUUACUGUGGCUCUACUUAAGUUUAUUAAAGUCAGUAAAACUGAAAAUUAUUAAAACAAUUGUGCUAUGUAUUUUUGGAUGUAUGUACCAUAAUUAUGGUGGCAAUAAAACUUUAUCAACUA